CAUAAGAUCAGACGCUCCCAACAGUAGUCAGUGGUGACACCCAGAAUCGAACCCGCAACCCCCGGGCUGGGAGUCCGGCGCCCUCACCACUCGACUACCCUCUGCUGGUGGGCGGAUCUUUGGGAGCGCUUCCGCCCUGUUCCUUCCUCCUCGCAGGGCCAGUAGCCGGGAAUCGCUACCGCUGGACGUGGUUCCUGAAGGGUCCGAGGGGCUACCAGACAUGGUGGAUUUAGGACCCCGCUACAAGCCGUGAGCUGAUUGGUCGGCUCCGUGUCGGUCGACGCCCACCUCGUCUCUCGUGUGAGGAGGAUACCAGCAGGGGUCUACCAUGUUGGUUUGACCCCCCCCCCCCAUUCCCCACACAGCGAGUCAGUACCCCCAGCUCCAGGACCCCCCCCCACCCCCUUCGUCGGACCGUCACCAUGGCGCAACUGGACCCCGCCCGCCCCUUGGUUUCCCAGAACCGCGAGCUGGUGCUGUUCUACAUCACGCACAAGCUGGCCCAGAAGAACUUCCCCCUCAACCACCUCACACUGGCGGCCACGCCCCCAAACCGGACUGAGGCGGGCGGGGCCGCACCGGGCCCCGCCCGCGUCCCCGCGCCGCACGCCAACGGCACGCCGAACGGCACCACCACCGCCGCCGCCACGCCCCCCCCAUCGCCCCCGCCCGCCGCGUCUCCGCCCCGGCGCCAGUCGUCCGCGGAGACGGUCGCCAUGGCGGCGGUGAAGGAGGCGCUGCGGGACACGGCGGGCGAGUUCGAGCUGCGCUUCACGCGGGCCUUCAGCGACCUCUCCUCCCAGCUGCACAUCACGCCGGCCACCGCCUACCAGAGCUUCGAGAGCGUCAUGGACGAGGUGUUCCGCGACGGCGUCAACUGGGGCCGCGUGGUGGGCCUGUUUGCCUUCGGCGGCGCCCUGUGCGUGGAGUGCGUGGAGAAGGAGAUGAGCUCCCUGGUUGGGCGCAUCGCCGAGUGGAUGACGGUGUACCUGGACGUGCACAUCCAGCCCUGGAUCCAGGCGCAGGGGGGAUGGGAGCGUUUCUCCGAGGUGUUUGGGAAGGACGCGGCGGCCGAGAGCCGGCGUUCCCAGGAGAGCUUCAGGAAGUGGUUCCUGGCGGGGAUGACCCUGUUCACGGGGGUCGUGGUGGGGUCACUCUUCGCCCAGAAACGCCUCUGAACCCCACGAUGAAGAUGAAGACCUCCACACCUCCAUCUCCUGCACGACAUGGUGCAAAUGAAGGCUUUUAUUUUGGCGUCUCAUCCUCGCCACGCCCUCCUCUCUCGCCCGCGCCUUUAUUUUGAAGAGCAGUUGACUUUGUUUUGUCCUGCUGUUGAUUGGCUCUCAUCGUUGCCGCCGUUGCUGUUUGCUGGUGAUGUCACAUUCGACGGACUAAACCAGGAAGAGGAGGAGCCAACCCAGGAGGAGGAGGAGGGGCUAAAUAUGAAAGGAGGGGGGGGGGGGGGUUGGCACUAAUGGAGGAAGACUAGGAGUUCAGUGAGAAGAUGAGGAGUGAGGAAAAGUAGCUGUUUUGGUCAUCCUUUCCCGCUUGCAGACCCCCGAUGGGCACGAUGACCCCGACCCCCUGCUGACACACAGAUGGACAGGAAGUGAUGUCAGGGCGAGGAGGCAGGAAGUGAUGUCAGGGGGAGGAGGGAGGGAGGGAGGAGG